AUGGCGGUGCAGGCCCUGCUGGGCCCCUCUGGCGCGGGCAAGUCCACCCUUAUGGACAUCCUCGCGCAGCGCAAGAGCGUCGGCGCGCUGACCGGCCAGCUGCUGGUCGGCGGCCGCCCCGCGGGGCGCGCGUUCAUGCGGCGGACCGCCUACGUGCCCCAGGACGACAACUUUGUGCCGACGAUGACGGCGAUGGAGAUCAUGAGGUUCUAUUCAAACGUCGUCUUGCCGGAGUCCAUGGGUCGCGCCGCCAGGCAGAGGCGGGUGGAAGAGGUUCUGGCCGCCCUCGGCCUCAGGGCGGCCCACCGGACGCUGGUCGGCGGCGUGCUGCCCGGCGGGCUGCUGCUGCGCGGGCUCAGCGGCGGCGAGCGCAAGCGGCUGUCGGUGGCGGCGGGCGUGCUGGCGGCGCCGUCUGUGCUCUUCCUUGACGAGCCCACCUCGGGGCUCGACUCGUUCGCCGCGCUCACUGUCAUGGGCUACAUGAAGCGCAUGGCGCGGCGCAGCGGCCAGGUGGUCAUCGCGUCCAUCCACCAGCCGCGGUCGGCAAUCUGGAGCAUGUUUGACACGGUGGGCGCGGGUGUGGGUCCUUGGGGCGGCCGGGCGCCUGGCGCCUGGCGCCUGGCGUGCGGCACGGCCGGGCUUCGGCGGUCGCGCGCGGGCGGCGGUUGUGGGCGGCUGAGGCUGGUGACUCUUCUGUCCAGCGGUCGCCUCAUGUACACAGGCGCCCGCGAGGGUCUGGUGGAGUGGUUUGCGGAUCGCGGGUAUCACUAUGAGCCCACACGCCAUGGUGUCGCGUCGGACUGGGCCCUGGACUUGGUGGCUAUCGGGUUUAGCAAGCCCAAGCGCUACUACGGCCACACCAUCAGGACCAAGGAGCAGCUGCAUGCGGCGUCUUCAUUAUUUGUACAGCAGUACUGCAAAGCAGAGGGCCUGACGACUGAUGCAUCCAGACACACCGCCAGCAGCACCUGCAGCGCACGCCCAGCUGGCGGAGGCGGCGGCGCCCCUGCGCCCCCGUCCCCAGCCGGGGGCCGCCCCGCCCACAGCGGCGACGCGGGCUUCGUCGCGCCCGUGGCCUCGGCGCGGCCGGGCUGGGCGACCGGCUGGUGGACGCAGUACACGUCCUGCCUCGGCCGCGAGCUGCUGGCGAUCACUCGCAACCCCGCCGACGUCGCCGGCCGCAUGCUGACCUUCAGCUGGGUCGCGCUGCUGAUGGGCAUGCUGUACUACAACAUGCCCCCCGACGCCAGGAGCCUGCGCGGGCGCCUCAACCUGCUGUUCAAUGGGCUGGUGUUCUUCUGCCUGAUGCCCUACGUCAGUAUGAGCCUCUACACCGCCGACAAGAAGUUCUACAUCGCGGACGCCAGCGCCAGGCUGUACCGGCCCCUUGCAUACUACCUGGCGAAGGUCAACACAAAUUGGCAGUGA